AUGCAGCUCCGAUCCACAGUGACUGUGCUCCUCCUGGGCGCACUGUCGCACGCCCUCGCCCAUGCAGCUCCUGCUCCUGCUCUUCCCCCAACACCCGACCUCACACCAGCAGCAAAAGCCCCCAACAUCUACCUCACACCAGCAGCAAAAGCCCCCAACAUCUACCUCACAACCUGCAUCCCCAAACCCCGGGGCACAGACGGCAAGCCCGCUCCCGUCGCAAACUUCACCGCCAUAGCGUACUUCCGCCAACCGCUCAACAUGACGACCGUCGACGCAGACACCAAGGCGCCCAAGCCCGACAAAGCGGCGCUAGUAGCGCAGCCGGCUGAGCCGUGGGAGGGCGUCAGGUGGAAAGUCAAGGUGUGGAAUGAGAAGCUGUUUUCGGCGUCGAUUGUGGCGGAUGCGGCGAAGGGGGCGUUGGCUGGAGAGGGGCAGUUGGGGGAGGAAGAGUAUGUGUGCUUUAGAGAUGGGGAAACGGGGAUUAGGAUGAGGGAGGAUGGUGUGAGGGGGAUUGCGUUGCGGAUUAUUGGUGCGCUGGGGUGGAGGGUGGGAAGGGGAUGA